AUGGUAGGUCGGACGCCCCGUUGCGGCAGGAUCAACACCUUCAAAUCCAAGUGCGCCCAGGUCGAGUUCAUCGACGAAAACGUCGACCACUCGCAGUGGAUUUUCUUCGGCUACGUAAUUGUCCAAGCACUCAGGCAGCAACGCGUGACUUGCGUCCGAGCCUCACCUUCAAUGAAUCGCUUCAUGAUCGCCCCAAUACAAUCUAGACGAUCAAAAGCUCUUGGCCCUGAGUGUGUAAAAACGCUAUCUGGCAUCGUCGGCGCGGAGCGCCGACGUCUGUUCGGUGACGGAAAUGCACCUGAAGCUCCAUGGUCGAUCAGUGCCGACAACGCCCUCAUCAAGCCGUUAGCACCAAGGAUUGUCAAAACUCGCUUCAAGUUA